GCAAAUUUCUACUCGCUACGCUUAGGAGGGUCUGUGUUUCCGUGGGUGUUGAUGCAGCUAGAUUCGCAUUCUCCCAGUCCGAUUGUACAUGGAGUUUUCCACAAGAUUCACCUGCAGAGCUUUUAGCUUGUCCACUGAGUUGGGUCACCGGUGCUAAUCAAACAGCUCUCUCCGUUAAACUUCACAAAAGGUCGCAAGAAGUGUCAUGCCCAGCGGGCACAAGUUUUGACACUGCGACGGGAAGUUAAUUUUUUUCGGGUGAGCCGAUCCUUCGGAUUGAGGAGGGGCUCCUGAAGCCCAGGUGACAUUUGGCGCGCGCAUGCCAAGCAGCAAACGUUUCUUAAUCUCUGAGAGAGGAGGAGAGAAAGGAAGGUGCAGGUGCGUCCAUCUUCAGUCACGCUGCUGAACUGGCGACACGGGAAAUGGACUCCGCACACGAGGAACCGGAGCUUCCCUCCGCCAUCCAGGACCUUGUACAGCGUCUGGAAGGACAAGGGGAGCCUAUAACGGAGCUUCCCGAUUUAACCAAGCCAGAAUUUCGGGAGUUCUUUCCGGAUUACGAAUUACCCUCGACAGUCAUAGGGUGGCCAAGACGCACUUGGCGACACAAAGUGCGUCUUCGAGUGCUGGAGGCAAUCGGCAGCUGCAACACCCUUGAGAUUCUGAACGUGGGCAAUAUUUGUGGGGCAUAUAUAUCGAGGUUGACGCCAAGCGAGUGGGAGGUAGUUCUCAGAGGUUUCAGGUCGAGCACCGUUCUAGAAGAGAUAAUCGUUUUUGGGACAUACCUUGCAGAUGAUGCGGAUAAUGAGAGCUUGUGUUUCCAGCUGGGGAGAAUUCUGAAUUCCUCUAGCGUAACAGAGUUAAAACUGAAAGCCAGUUUGAGUGCCAGAUGUCUCUCGAAUCUCGCCUCAGGUCUGCAAGGACGUUCCGAUUCUAAACUCAAGUCUUUAGAUUUAGAGCAAGCGUGGAUGGACUUCGAUUUAGGGGUAACGUGGGAGGACUCGAGUGCGGUGAAGUAUGUGGCUGACAUGAUCAAUAGUGCUCCUCUAUUAGAAACGUUGCGUUUAAGCGGCUAUAUGGUUGACCUGGAGGACGAGACCGUUGGAAUCCUGACCCAGGUUUUGAUCAAGAGCUCGUCUUUGAAAGAAUUUACCUUAGACUACGUGGGGAAGUGGGCAGGGCCCUUGUUGCUGAAAGCAUUGGCCGGAGACGAUCGCAACCGAUCCAUUGAACGUCUUCGGCUAUUGUAUAUGGAAGGACUCGGAGACUGUUUAAGGGAACUUCUUAUUUCCAACCCAUCAUUGAAGGAAGUGGAGCUCCACCGACUUGUCAUGGAGCCUGAGCAAGCGCACCAGCUCGGCGAAGCCAUACGUGACAAUGCCAUAGCGACUACUAUACUUGUUAGGUUUGAAUCCAGCUUUGAUGAAGUUGGAGCCUGGGAGUCAGUGGAAGCUCUUGCUCGUUCUGCUAGCUCCGAAGUCAACGACCCCACUCUGGAGAUUACACUCCAUGUUGGUAGUGAAGAUGAAGUGAUGUUAUCAUUAAACCUAUUAGGUAGGGUACUGCGCGGGGAAAUCACAUCUCUGAAAUCUCUGAGUAUAUUACAUCGCAUUUCCAACCUCAAUAGACCGGAAGGUAUUCUGUCGAUGAACGGAAGAACUGGAAAAACUUGCGUCCUGAAGAGACUCGGAUUAAGUGCUCUAAGCGAAGAUGUUUGGAAGGGAGUAUGGAAGGACCUGCUUUUGUGCCUGCGAGGGAACACAAGUCUCACUCACUUGGAUUUGAGUGAGACCUGGCUGGACGAAGAGACGUUCAGGGACAUGAUGGGGCUACUCCAAGUGAACUUGAGUCUCCAGGAAAUAAAUAUCUCAAGAACCUCAUGGACUAUAGACGGAAAGGCGGCGUUGAUUCAAGAGGCACUCAAGCAGAACGAAAAGCGGGCCGCCUACAUGUCCGUAUUUAGAGAAGCCGGAUUAGCAUUUGGAGAUGCAAAAGCUGGUCGACUCUUUCUAUGCGGCUCUCCUAGAGCAGGCAAGACUCAAUUACGUCAAACACUGAUCCAUGGAAGAAGUUGGCAAUGGGCCAAAUUCAAGUGGAGAACUGAAGGAAUUGAAGUGGACUUCUUGCAAAACAAUAAAGAAAGACAGAUCUCAAUUUGGGAUCUUGCAGGACAAGAUAUUUUCCGUACCCUUCAAAGUGUGCUCUUUCCUCGAGCUAGCAAUUUUUGUCUUUUUUUAUUUGUUUAUAGCCCCUUCUGUCAGAAAGAAAAAAAGUACAAAGAAAGUUCUUGUCUUGAAACAGAGUUGGAGGAAUGGUUGAGUUUCAUCACAUCCUGCACUAGGAUUACGGGACAUAGUCUUCCACAAGUUCUUGUUGUGAUUUCACACAAGGAUAAAGCCAGAUUCAAAUCUUUGAAUUGGGCUCAGAACAUAGUGAAAAAACUCAGUAAAAAAAUUUGCAAGAUUUGUGGAUCUUCAUCCUUUUCAAGAGUUUUUUCAUGUGGACGGUCGUAAGAAGAAGCAAGUUAGGCCUCUCAAAAAACACAUUUUUGAGAUCUUUGAUGACUUGUUGAGUAAAAAAUCUCCACGGGUUCCUCAAUUGUGUUCCCAACUCUCGUACCUCUUGGUUAAAAACACCAAGAAGAAUAGAAGAUGCCCUCUUUGGCAAUCCAAGAAGUUUUCUGAAUUUUGUUUAAAGAUGUUGACAGAAUUCAUUCCAACCUCUUCGGCUCAUGCCAAAGAUCAUUCAGAGAUGAUGAAGUCAAUCACAUCUUAUAUGAAUGACGUUGGAUCCAUAGUUUCUAUCCCCAACCUUGAUUAUAUUAUUGUUGAUCCAAAUUGGCUCACCAAUAAAUUAUUGGGUGAGCUGGUAGCUGUGGGUCAAAACUUUCUCAAAAAAACCUCGAGUGUUUCAUACGCAAGCAAGGACGGAUUUGUGAGUGAGGAUGUCUUUGCUUGGUCGAUAGAAGAGUUUCUGAACAAGCAACCAGAGGUAAAGAUAGGUGUGGACAGAGACACAGAGAUAGGUGUGGAUAAGAAAGUCAUUGAGAACAUCCUUAUCAAUUUAGAUUUGUGUUUCAAGGCGGAAGAUCCUUUUCAGUAUUUCAUUCCCUCCUUCGUACCUGAGUAUGAAAGUGCUGAAGGACAGAUACCUCAAGAAUUGGCGGACGAGAAGUCGAAGAAAUGGAGAAGUAGGGUUGGGGCUUCAAAGUUUGUCGGCAUCCGGAUACAAUGUCAAGAUGAAAGAACAAUGUCACUGAACGCUGGCUUUUUCCCAUGCUUCGAGAUAUUCAUGAGACGCAAGUUGAUAUCGGAGAUGAAUGUCUCCGAGAAGACUAUGAUCUGCUCUCGACAUUAUAUGCAACUCAACCUUGAUGGGCACGAGAUAUAUCUGGAGCAAGGAACGUCCCGCAGUUACGUGGAUGUUCUGAUGUUAUGCUCGGAUUAUAAAUCAAGGGAGUUGGCCACUACUUACGUGAUGAGGCAUAUCGUCCAGGAGUUGAUAUCAUUUUGCGCAUCAUCGAAAGGCUGUCCCGGGGUGGCGUUAGUGCUCGGUUUGAUCCAAACACGUUGCGUGGAGAUGCUGAUUCCGAUUCAUCGCAGAGGAGCCAUUCUGAUCGAGAAGCUCAAAUCCAACUUCAUUUGUUACAUCAAUGACAAACUUGAGGAUUAUCCGUCGGAUAGGUUUCACUUGGUGAAGGAGGAAGAGUUGUUCAACUAUGAGCACCCUUGGCCCCGGAUUGAAGGGCACAUAACAGAGGUUAUACAUGAAAGAGCGAGGGAGUUGCUGUGGAAGAGUGAUGUGGAAGAGAUUGUGAAUGAGACCAUUCAGAAGCAAAUGCAACCAUUGGAGUCAUUUCAUCAAGACCACAGCCAACAAUUGAGAUCAUUGCAGAAAGGUGUAAACAAAGUGAACAAAGAUUUGAUUCACUUUUACCCUGAAAAUGAGAACAUGGUUACUAUGAAAGACUCCAAUCGACGAUCAUCCAGUGGGGCGAGCACAAGUGAAUUUUGUGAAAUCCGACAUGCUUUGGAUGAAUUCCGACAUGCUUUGGGAAGGAUGGAAAGAAAGUUUGAUGGUUUUGAUGAAAGGUUUAGAUUAGGUAUGCAGAGAUUGGAGACGAAGAUGGAGCAGAUACUCUCUGUGCAGCAUCAACUGCAGUCAACUCUGAGUGAUUUUGUGUCUAAAGUAGACAGGAUUAUCGGAUAUACUCAAUCGUUUCAGCAGACCAGAACCCCCAAGCGACCUUACAUUACGGAUGAUGUUAACAAUUUCUAUAGGUUGAGUGCAUUUAUGCAUGUCGCGAAAACCGUUAGAUUACACUUGAUGUGUGAGUCGGCGACUGGGUUUCACGUGGUCGAAGAUCAAGAAGGUUUGAAGAUACGCGUGGAUCUGGAUAAUCGUAAGUGGAUUACCAAAACCAUUGAAAUUUCAUACAAAGUCUUGUAUUAUACUGCAAAGGCUGGACUGAGUAUGACGUUGGGGUUGGGCCAAGCGAUUCCGGACUGGGCAGAUUUAAAAUCUGAUAUUGUUAAACUAGAUGGCAUUAGCGAUGGUGAUCGUAGUGCAGUUGUAAAAGCUGGGAAAAGCAAGGAGCUGACACAAGCAUGGUUGAGGAUUCAGAAACUUCUUGGGGAUAUUAACUAUGCAAAAAUCUUCAAGUUGUAUCCGGUGAAAUACGAGGGAGUAGAAUCAGGUGGCCAUGCAUGGGUGUGCAAGGAGUGCAUGAAAGAAGGUAUUAGAACUGGGAUUUUGUCGGGAAAUUGAAGAGGUUAGAAUGUCAUGAUGCAAAUGACAAGCAUAUGUUUAGACACUCAUGCAUUAUGAUCCUCUGCAAGAUCUUCCUUCAGAGUUUUCACUUGUACAAGUCUUGUAUAAUC